UGUACGUACAGAGAAAGCUGCCAGACUUGAGAGUUGCUUUGCCGAAAUGAUCUGAUCAGCUUGAGACUCAUUCCGCACAUACACCAUGACAAAAGACAUCAGGGCACUAGAGUUUUUUAGCGGAAUCGGUGGACUGCACUUUGGUUUCAACGCGAGUGGAGCCAAGGGUAAAGUCCUCGAAAGCUUCGACAUGAACCAACAAGCUAAUGAUACAUACAGGUUGAGCUUCGGAAAGACUGCAGUCUCGAGAGGCAUUGAUAGGCUCACAGUCAAGGACAUUGAAAAAUAUAAUGCGAACUGUUGGCUCAUGAGUCCGCCUUGUCAGCCUUAUACCCGUGGUGGGAAGCUGUUGGAUGAUCAGGAUAAUCGAGCAAAGCCGUUGCUGCAUCUAUUGGACCAGCUCGAAAAAAUGGCAACACCCCCCACAUAUAUCUUCCUGGAAAACGUCAAAAAUUUUGAGACAUCUCGCUCGCGCGAGAGAAUGGUCAGGUUACUCCACAAGAUGGGAUACGUCUUUCGUGAGUGUCUGCUUGCCCCACACAACUUUGGUGUACCCAACGAUCGCCUGCGCUACUUUUUAAUCGCCAGAUCAAGGUCAAGUUUCAAGGAAGCGACACCAAGAUCAUCAACACCAGCAGUCGACAGCGCGGCGCAAACGUUUGAUCCGGAGAAAGAGAUUAUCUAUACCACAUGGCCACUGCCUGCGUUUGUCGAGGACCCCAAUAUAUCUAUCAGACAGUAUCCGUUCAAUAUUCCAGUGCUGCGGUACUUUCUGGAUCAGGAAGAGAACGAAACAAAGGACUAUCUGCUUUCACGGCAAUUGAUUCUGGAGCGACCAAACUUUCGUUUCGAUAUCUUGCGCCCUUCGUCCAACAGAUCAUCAUGCUUCACAAAGGCAUACGGCAGCCACCACGUCGCCAGCGGGGGAGGGCUACUACAGACGCUCAAGAUGGAUCAAACUGAAUAUGAUUUUGGAAACUCUGAAUCGAUUGCAGAGCUGGGUCUUCGAUUCUUCACCCCCACAGAAGUCGCUCGCCUACAUGCCUUUCCUUUGAAAGAAGAGCGUGGGUCAGAGUGUGCAUUGGAGACUGACGAUACCAACGAGCAAGGUUCCAACGUGGACCCUAGAACGUUGACAACUAUAAGAGUAUACAGCCCAAAGUUGGCACAGGAAUCUAAUGGACCAUACUUGCAGUUCCCUGCCAAACUGAAGGCGCUGCAGCGGUACAAGCUGCUCGGCAAUAGCUUGAACGUCUGGGUGGUCGCUGAGUUGCUACGGGGCGUCUUGUUUGCAGAUCAUCCUGGGAACCCUUUACCUAUUUAUCGUGCUGAAGACAUGACCGCAUCGGCCUUGGAACAGGCGAGCUCUACUGAGAGCAUUGAUACUGUAAAGCACGGCAUUGAGGAACAAGGAGAAUCAGCUCCUGAUGGAGACGCAGAAGUCCGUCCAACGAGAGAUAAGAAAAGACUGAAAGCCGAGUAACACGUUUCAAAAAUAAAAAGUAAUAAUUGCUUGAGCG